CGUAUCGAAUUGUCCGUACUUUAUCCCGACGAACACCAAUCAUCGAGGAAAUUUUCGAUUGCUGAAGGAAAACAGUGCGGUGUAAAAAGAUUCUCUAUCGAGCCGUAACGGUACACCAUUUCGUGCGGUGGAUCGUGAUACCGAAGAACGCGAUCCGUAACAAGUAUUCCCCAUGAAACGGAAAAAUUAAGUAACCCACGUGUGCUUGUUAGUGCGCGAAUAACAAUUCAAGUUCAGCGCACAAAGGACGGCCCUGUUACGCAAUCCGCGGGCCGCCGACAUUGGUGAUAAUCAUCGGAUUACCAGCGACACGCAAUCGACCGUGGUUUCUGCUGGAUUCCCAGUAGAGAAUCUCAAUUCACUGGGUCCCAGAAGCGACGAUGAAAGUAUAUGUCUGUGUACCAAUCGCCACUUCUCGAUCCGUUGUUUCGUCGAGAUCGAUUGAACGAUCGCUCGACGUGGUCCAAGGAGGCUGCACGAAACUACAGAAGAGAGAAUUCUUGGUGAAUUCGUUUCCUCUGUACGACUCUCCUUCGCCCGAUUCUCUUUGGAUGAGUCGGAUCAAAACGACGUGUAUCUAAAUAUCUCUGUAUAUGAGAUAGAGAGAGAGAGAGAGAUAGAAGUUGCGGGAAGUGGAAUGGAAUCCAAAGAGAUCGCAAGUCGUCCGGGUAGUGUCGAUGAAGACCCGUUCGUCCGGAUGCUCUGUAAAACGGUCCCCCGAUUAUUGAUCGAAAGCUUUCUCGCUUGUGUCCACUGCUGCAUGGACAAAAUGCCGAAGGGAAUGUCCCUGGGUUGCCUGCGAGUCCUGGCCGCGAUGCUGGUGUUCGUUCUACCCCGAACGAUCACUCACGUUCUGCUGUAUCCGAUUUUCAGAUUACUAUUCGGAAAUCUCUAUCCUGCCUACGCAUCGUACAAGGCGGUCAGAACGAAGAAUGUGAAAGAAUACGUCAAAUGGAUGAUGUACUGGAUCGUGUUCGCGCUGUUCACGUGCGCGGAAACCUUCACCGACGUCUUCUUUAGCUUCUGGUUCCCCUUUUACUAUGAAAUUAAGACUAUCCUGGUGAUCUGGCUGCUGAGCCCAGCCACAAAGGGCUCGAGCAUCCUCUACCGUCGCUUCGUUCAUCCCGCUUUAAUUCGCCGCGAGACUGAGAUCGACGAAGCUCUAGCACGCGCCACAGAACAGGGCUACACUGCUGUCUUACACCUUGGCUCGAAGGGCGUCAACUAUGCCACCACGGUUCUUAUGCAGACCGCGAUCAAGGGAGGCGGCGGUCUGGUGCAGCAUUUAAAGAAGAGCUACAGCCUGAGCGACCUGACCGGCGAGAAGGAGGACGAGAAUAGAAACACGUCGCACAUGCACGACGAGACGGACAUGGCAGUGGAACCUCGUCGAAGGGAGAACGUGGGGAGAAGGGGUUACAGUCCUCGUCGGACACAGUCGAGCAGCAAUCGGGUAGAGAUGUACUUCUCCGAAGUGGACGUUGAUGUUAGACAGCCCAUGUCUAGGGAGCCGACAGCCAGCUUAACCAAUAUAAGAUCCUCGGACGACAUAUCCAGCGGAUACAGCAGCGGCGAAGCUUUGCAAUCUAGUCGUUCAUCCCAGGCGGAUCCGUUGGUUAGAACGGCGAGCGUUGGCGCAAGAACACGAGCAAAGCCUCGCUCCACCAUGAAGAAGACACCGGAGGACGCCGGAGAGGAUUCCGACAGCAACGACCUUCCUUCCUCCAAACACAUCACAAUUCCGACACCUUUGAGUCACGUCACCCCCGAGCAAGCUCUAGAGAUCUUGCUUCUGCUCGCGCAAAACAGUAAUGUUGCCGAUUAUAUCAGAUUCGAUCGUGGAUCCUUUGUCGCAGGUAACGACGACUCGGUCGGUAACACCAGUCAAUCAGGCCCUGAACCGGAGGGAGCCAAAGCAGAGACGAUAGAGUCGAAAGGCGACUCGUCGGACCCUGCUUUGGCUACGGAGAUUCAGAUUAUUCAGAGUAUAGAAGUGACGACUGUGCCUGAACGUUCAGUGAUAAUGGAAAACUCAGUCGAUGAUAGACCAGUGAGCCAGACAGAAAGCCAAGAAAACAAAGUUGAAAGUGUCGCCAACGUUUCGACGAGUAACGAGCAGCCACAUUCGGCAGAUCCGGAAGAAGCAGAACGCACGAUAACCGAUGAACUCUGUCAGACCAAGUUCGACGAGUUGAAGCAACUUUUGAGCGAAGCACACAAGGCUGUCAACAACAUUGUGUACACGCAGGAGAAACUGAAAGGUAGUAAUGCUAGCAUCGCCGAAUCAUUGUCCCGUAAUGAUGCAUCGCAGAAUGUAGAGACUAACGAAAGCAUAAAGAAAGACGAUUCCGAAGAAGCACCAGGUGAGAUCGAACAACCGAAAGAAUCUAAUAAUGCGGCGAAAGUGGAGGCAGAGAACGAUAAUGUUGCGACUUUGGAUGUAUGGACGACGCCCGACGUGUCGCGAAGUAACUCGGACAGUCUGAGUAGUCGAGCUGGAAAGUACAACAAGAAACCAGCACCAAAAGCGCCACUCACGAAGAGCGAGGAGGAUUUGAACGAAACCGAUUCCCAGAACGCAUUGAAAGCCACGUUGGUGAUCAAAACCGGAACCCUGAAGACAUUCUCGAACACCGGGACCACGAAAGACGUUUUUAUCGCUCACGUAGCCGAGAAGUCGAAAGGAAAGAAGUCGAAGAGACAGAGAACCAAGGAAGGAUUCUCGAAGCUCUUGACGAUACCAAAGAAUAUCUUCCACAACGCAUUUAACAGAGAGCACAAGGGUUCCACGAAGACAGAGGACUCUGCCUCCUCGGAUAUCAGUGCUCCAGAAUCGAGGUCGAACAGCAUCGAGCCGCAAGAAACGAUCAUAGAACUAUCGCCAAAAAUGUCGAUCUCCAGUCAAGACACAAAUACCGAAACUGACGACAAAAGCGAGAACGAUACCUCAAUCGGCUCGGAUAGUUUCGUGCUAGCGGAGGCCACGAACCAAGCUGAGAAAGAAAAGAUUGGUCAGAGUGCAACUUUCGUGCUCGAGGAAGCCACGAACGAAGCUGAGAAAGAAAAGAUUAGUCAGAGUGCAAUUUUCGUGAUCGAGGAAGCCACAAACGAAGCUGAGAAAGAAACGAAUGAUGAUAUUCCAACGAAGAAUCCGCAGUCGGAGAUAAGAGAGAUGUCUCAGUCGCCGAGAGCCGGCAAGAAACUGGAGUCAGAUAUAUAUUAA